CUUUCGUUGCAUCGCGACUAAGAACAGAAAGUAAAAGAGAAAAUGGCAGAAGUUGCUCCCGCUCCAGCUCCAGCCGCUGCUCCAGCCAAGGCUGCCAAGAAGAAAGCUUCCAAGCCGAAGAAGGCCGGUCCCAGCGUCAGCGAGCUCAUCAUCAAAACUGUUGCCGCUUCGAAGGAGCGUAGUGGCGUCUCGGCUGCCGCCCUCAAGAAGGCUCUGGCUGCUGGAGGAUACGAUGUGGACAAGAACAAAGCUCGCGUCAAGACCGCGAUCAAGAGCCUGGUGACCAAGGGAACUCUGGUCCAAACCAAGGGUACCGGAGCCUCUGGUUCGUUUAAGAUGAGCAAGGCAGCCGCGCCUAAGGCAAAGAAGCCCGCCGCCAAGAAAGCCGCUCCUAAAGCAAAGAAGCCCGCCGCCAAGAAACCCGCAGCUGCCAAGAAACCCAAGAAAGCAGCAGCAGCAGCCAAGAAGCCAGCGGCCGCGAAGAAGUCUCCAAAGAAGGUUAAGAAGCCCGCAGCGGCCAAGAAGGCAGCUAAGAGCCCCAAGAAAGCUGCCAAGAGCCCCAAGAAGGUCGUCAAGAAGGCCCCAGCAGCCAAGAAAGCGCCUGCAAAGAAGGCAGCUAAGCCCAAGGUCAAGAAAGCUGCACCCAAGAAGAAAUAAACUGUCCUUGCCUGUUACAACCCAUAAAAGGCUCUUUUAAGAGCCACCACGAUCUUUAUAGGAGCUAUUCCUCAUGUUUAAUAUAGGAGACAAGGAAUUAUUGUGUGUAUAUAAAUAUGAAACUUGAAAUAUGUAAAUAAGACAACUUCUGUAUUGCUUUUAAUGUCUUUUUAUUAUUUUUUUUUAUACUUGUCAAUCAUUAUAGCCUGUCUUAAGUUUUUCACAAAUUAUUUUUCAGGACCUCCGGUUUUGUCAGGACUAGAAUAAAGCACAUUACUUGAAUAAAAGCCUAAGGCAUA